AUGGGAUGGAGGAUAGGCUCGACCGGGCAGAACGUCAACCACAACGUGCCAAUCACCCCAAAGGCCAAAACCAAGAAGCACUCGACUGAUGUCGUGAAGCUACACAUGGUGAAGCUGAAGGAUACACGCAACUUCAUACAAGAGGUCCAGACCAAGAUCGACAAGUUCACUCGCAGCAACUCCAAGACGAUGUACCACGCGCGUUCCCUGGCCGAAGUGUUCGAGAAGGGAACCACCUUGGUCGCCGAGAACGAGGCCGAGCUCGCGAGUUGUCUGACCUCGGCCAGCAAGCUGCUCCAACGCAUCGGCGACAUGCACGCCGAAUUCUGCGAAGAGUUGACGAAACUGGUCACCAGCACCACCAUGCGGGAGGAGUACGAAGAGGCCAAGAGGGAGAAAAAGAAGUACGACAAAUCUCGAGCCAACUACGACGCAGCGGUGCUCAAGGUGCGGUCGAUCAACGCCAAGAAGGGUCAGGUGAAUCUUGAGAAGCUCGCUGAGGCCGAAGACGAGCGCGACCGCCUGAAGGAGGUGUUGAUGCUGGAGCAGGUGCAAACGGGCAUCCGGCUACAGCACACCCUGGUGAAGGGCCUCAUGAACACGGCCGAGCUCGUGUGGGCGUUCGCCCAGACCAUGGACUCGCACUACCAGAACUGCGCCAACCAACUGGUCUCCUCCGUGCCCGACAUCCAGGCGUCCAAACAUCGCCUCCAGACUCAGGUGCCCACCGCCACCGCCCCCGUAGCCGCCCCGCCGCCCCACGCGCCAGCGGUGACGGUGAGCGAUACGUUCGACCACCUCCCGGAGUACUCGGGUUCGAUGUCGGCCGACGCCAUACCGGAGGUCUCGGUGACGUCCGUCGACAAGCCGGCGGGCCAGGAGCCCUCCUCGCCCAACCUCCCGCACCGGAAGACGAAGGACUACUACAAGUUCUAUCGGCGCUCCGUGGAGAUCAAGCCUGGGUUGCUGGCCGCAUCGGCUCCGAUCACCCGCGCUGGCUCGGGCUCGUUUUCCACCACCCUGUCGCCGGUCCAGCCCGCCGCUGCGCCGCCCGUGGCCAAGUCCUCCCCGCCCUCGCCCUCGCCCUCGCCCUCGCCCUCUCACGCGCCCUCGCCCACCUCUCCCGUCCUGCCCCGAAACCAGCAUGAACGCCUCAACAAGAUGACACGCCAGCGGAGCUUCACGUCGGGUUCCGUGCCGCAGCGCAUCGCUGAGCAGCCUGAUAUGCUGCGCUACGGCCCGACCACCGGCAAUGGAGGCGGGUCGGCCCUCCAGCUGCGUCGCACCUCAGCGCGACAGCUCAAGACCCCGCUGGGCUCGAGUUCGAGUCCGGCCACGCCCUCCGUGGCGCGCAUUCCGCCGCGUCCGCUCGAACUGCCGCCCGAUGUGGCCUCACUCGGCCUGCUGCCGAGCGGCUCAGCGCGCCUCCAAGUCCGGCCUCGCAAGGCGAUCACCGUCUCGGGUGGCAACGCCCCACUAUUGCUCAAUCACCCCGCCCUCGCCAACACCAACGCCAGCGCCAGUGCGAAUGGCGACAGCAGCGAAGAUGGCGGCAGCGACGACAACGACAGCAGCAGCGGCUCGGGCACGACGCGCAAGCACUCGCAGCUGCGCAGCAGCGGCAAGAGUCGGCUGCGAAACAAGUCGACGCUCGGUUUCGGCCUCGUGGCCUCGAGCCGAUCGGGGAGCGCGAUCGAGCGCGACGCCAGUGGCAGCGACCGGGACAGGGACACAGAGGAGGAGGAGCGGGACCAGCAGAGCGGCAACGAGCCGGCCACGGACACGGCCGACGAGGAGGGGGUCGACCAGGAGGCCGAGAAGGAGUGGCUCGACAGUUUCGACGACAUCCCGCCCUACGACCCCAACGACUACGAUGACUCGGACGACGUCGGCGAAGUCGAUUCCAUGGCGUCGUCAAGGGAGUUGACGUCGUUGGGACCCGACGGCGCUCUGUCCAGCUCCCCGCAGUCUGGUGAAUUCUUCCUCCCGCCGAACCAUCGCAAGGGCGCAUUCCUGUUCCACGCCAUUCGGAAGAAGAGAAAGCGACACUCGAAGAAGGUCACCCUCAUCAUCGACGUACCGCAGGUGACGAGGCCAUCGGGGAGUCGCAAGAAGCUCCAUCUGCUGUGGAAGCUCAAGGAGGUGCCCGAGAAGUUCAUCUUCCACAGCUCGGCCGAGGGCGAGCGCUUCUACCAGGCCUUCUGGGCCGCCAAGAUCCCGCGCGUGCGCUAA